GAUUCUGAGCCCUUUCGCUGGAAAAUAUUUCCUGGAUUUGAAUAGGUGUUUUUUUUCUUUUAUUAUAGAUUAAAAAAAAAAACAUAACAGAUAUAUUUUUCUUUAAAGUGACAUGGCAACUUUUGACGAACUGCUGCAACAUAUUGGGGAGUUUGAUGCCUUUCAAAGGCAGAUGUUUUUACUUAUGUGUUUCAUAUCAGCUGUUUUUUCUCCCAUUUACGUGGGCAUCGUUUUUAUAGGCUUUAUACCUGAUUAUAGAUGUGCCGGUGCUGGGAUUCCGGAACUAAGCAAUGACUGUGGAUGGACUCUACAAGAGCAGCUGAACUAUACAGUUCUAGAACCAAAUGGCUCAAUUGAUUCUUUAUAUAUAAGUCAGUGUUAUCAAUACGAUGUAGACUGGAAUAAUACAUCUCUGAGCUGCACAAACUCACCAUUGAAUAUCACCAGCCAACUGCCAAGAACAAGCUGUAAAGAUGGAUGGGUUUAUAAUACCACUGGAUCAUCCUUAGUAACAGAGUUUAAUCUUGUUUGUGGCGAUUCCUGGAAGUUGGAUUUGAUUCAGUCAUGCGUCAACUUGGGAUUCUUUAUUGGUGGCAUCAUCAGUGGAUAUAUUGCAGACCGAUUUGGGCGCAAACCAUUUCUGAUGUCAACUCUCCUAAUCACUGCUAUUUUUGGAAUAUUGAUGGCGUUUGCUCCCAGCUACCCCUUAGUUGUGAUCUUCCGGUUUAUUCAGGGGUUAGUCAGCAAAGGUUGUUGGCUGGCAGGCUAUAUACUAGUUGCAGAGUUUGUUGGUUUGGAACACAGAAAGACAGUUGGAAUCCUCUACCAGGUGGCAUUUACUGUUGGCCUUCUGCUGCUCUCAGGAGUGGCCUACGUCCUCCCACACUGGAGAUGGUUGCAGAUGACAGUCACAAUACCAUACUUCAUUUUCUUGACAUAUUACUGGUGUAUUCCAGAGUCACCCCGGUGGCUCAUCUCUCAAAAUCGAAAGGCAGAAGCCAAAGUCAUCAUCCACUCAAUUGCCAAAAAAAAUGGGAAAACAGUCCCAGACUUUUUAGAGAGUCUAACAGCUGAUGAAGAAGGUGAAAAGCAAGUUCCAUCUUUCAUGGACUUGGUCAGGACACCUCAGAUCAGGAAAAACACUUUCAUUCUGAUGUUCAUAUGGUUCUUCUGUGCGGUGGUUUAUCAAGGCUUAAUUAUGCACAUCGGAUCUACUGGUGAUAACGUUUAUUUGGACUUCUUCAUCUCUGCUCUGGUCGAAUUUCCUUCUGCAAUAAUAAUAAUUAUCACGGUGGAUCGUGUUGGCCGGCGUUGGCCGUGGUUAGUGGGCUGCAUUAUAACUGGAAUUGCUUGUCUAAUUACUGCAUUUAUCCCACAUGGAUUAUCCUGGUUGAUAAUUACACUCUCCUGUGUAAGCCGAAUGGGAAUUACUCUUUCAAUAGAAAUGGUUUGUUUGGUUAAUGCAGAGCUCUACCCAACCUUCAUAAGGAAUCUCGGCAUAAUGGUUUGCUCAUCAAUGUGUGAUCUUGGUGGUGUCAUUACACCCUUUAUUGUUUACCGACUAGCUGAUAUUUGGCAAGAUCUACCACUUAUUGUAUUUGCUGUACUUUCAACUGUUUCUGGAAUCCUGGUGUAUUUUCUCCCAGAAACCAGGGGAAGGGCGCUUCCAGAGACUAUUGAAGAAGCAGAAAAUUUGCACAAGCAAGUGAAAACAACAAAAUUGGCGACAACCUACUUGGAAGUCAGUAAAGUGGACAUAUAAAUUUAUUUUGCUGCUGUUGUUUUUUGCUGUUAGUGUAAAACAAUAAAUUAAACUCCUGAAACUCA